AAUCCUUUCAAUUACUAUACAAUUGAUUGUAAUUAAUUGAAAGCUCCGGGAUUUUCGACCUGAAAAUAGUUGGGUGUUUUUUAUUUUGAUUGUCAACCGGUUUUCCUAAUCAAUACAAGACAUCCAAUUCACUAUUCAUUAGUAAUGUCAACCCCUUAUCGUGUAAGCGACUCGACAUCGAGCACACGGGUGUCGGGAGGCAUCAGGUAUUACCUGCAACACUACUGGCAGGACACUGGCGAUCAGCGCACGGUUGGCCUGCCAUUGAUUCGCGAGGGUCCCUGGGCUAUGCUAUUUGUAAUGACACUGUACCUGCUGUUCGUUACCAAACUCGGCCCACGUAUGAUGAAACACCGGGAGCCCUAUCAGCUACGGGGGCCGAUGUUUAUCUACAAUACUCUUAUGGUGGUCAUCAACUACUACUUCUUUUUUCAGGCCUUUCGCUGGUUAGACUAUGGUCGUGAAUUGGCCAACUUUAGAUGGCCGGACGGUUCCGAUAACUCCCAGCGCACAAUGGACUAUAUUUGGUCAUUCUAUCUCUAUUGGUUGACCAAAUUUGUCGACCUAUUGGAUACAGUGUUUUUUGUAUUACGCAAAAAAUACAGACAAAUUACUGCAUUGCAUCUCUACCAUCACACUGUCGUACCAAUACUCGGUUGGCUAUAUCUAUGGUACUGUUGGGGAUCGCCGGCCAUUACACUGUUUGCUUUGCUAAACUCGGCCGUCCAUGUGAUCAUGUAUUCGUAUUAUGCACUGGCAGCUUUUGGACCCAGUAUACAAAAGUUUCUCUGGUGGAAACGGUAUAUAACACAGAUCCAGUUGAUACAGUUUGCACUGUUAUGCAUGUACGGGUGCUUUAUCUAUAAGUAUCAACACGGCUAUCCACAGUUUGCCUUUUGGUUGGCUGCCACCCAACCGCCGCUAUUUUUGAUACUAUUUGCUCAGUUUUAUCUUCAAUGUUACACAAGAGUCAAAAAAGUCGAUUAA